CGCCGGCUCAUGCGCAGUGGGCGCCUCGCCGUCACGUGACCGGAGACUUCGCGCCAGAGGGGCGACCUGGGGGAGGGGCGACUGGUCUGGGCCGGAGGAGGAGUGAGGGGGCGGCGCGCCUGUGUGCAGAGAGCCCUGAGCGGGUUUGAGAAGAAAGAGCCGGCCCCUGCCUCUAGUAAAUGCAGUUUUGCUCUGGACAAUCUCUGCUAUUCCGGUUUUCUCCCGAUCUGAGUAUCUCAGUGUGCACUUGGAAGAAGACUUUCUGAAGAUCCGGUGUACCCAGUUCUGUCAUUCUUGUGAAUCUCUACAGCGGGGAAGAAUGACUACAGCCAGCAGCCCUCAUAACCCGCACUGCACAGCUGAUUUGGGUGCUCAGUAUGUGACCUGCACACCUCACUAUGCCAAAAAACACCAAAUUUUUUAUGAUGAACUGUUAGCUCAUGGCAUUUUGAAGCCCCUGGCGUCUCCUAUUGAAGGAAUGGUGAUAAAAGAGGGAGACUGUAACUUUGUGGCCCCUCAAGGAAUUUCUUCAAUUGUUAAGCACUACUUGAAACAAUCAGGUGCUGAAGUCUGCUUUAGACAUUGUGUGACUCAGAUCAACCUGAGAAAUGGCAAGUGGGAAGUCUUCAAGGAAACAGGGUCGCCUGAGCAGUUUGAUUUUGUUGUCCUCACAAUGCCAGUUCCUCAGAUUCUGCAGCUUCAAGGGGACUUCACAAACUUAAUUAGUGAAUGCCAAAGACAGCAACUGAAGUCUGUGAGCUACUCCUCUCGCUAUGCUCUAGGACUCUUUUAUGAAGCUGGCACGAAGAUUGAUGUCUCUUGGGCUGGGCAGUACAUCACCAGUAAUCCCUGCAUACGCUUCGUCUCCAUCGAUAAUAAGAAGCGCAAUAUAGAGUCAGCAGAAAUCGGGCCUUCACUGGUGAUUCAUACCACAGUCCCGUUUGGAGUUACAUACUUAGAACACAGCAUUGAGGAUGUACAGGAGUUAAUCCUUCAGCAGCUGGAAAACAUUUUGCCAGGUUUGCCUCAGCCAGUUGCUACUAAAUGCCACAAAUGGAGACAUUCACAGGUUACAAGUGGUGCAGCCAAGUGUCCUGGCAGGAUGAUUCUUCAUCUUGAACCUUUUCUUGUGUGUGGAGGGGAUGGAUUUACUCAGUCCAACUUUGAUGGCUGCAUCACUUCUGCCCUGUGUCUUCUGGAAGCUUUAAGAAAUCAUAUUUAGUACCUGGGUUCUUAUUCUCUACAUUUACUUCUGAUUUUUAUUGCACAAUUUUCUGUUAUUGAUUAUUUUGUUGAGAUAAAUUACUGGAAAAUUGGUCUUCAUUGUCAUUUUUUCAUACGGAGCAUAAAAUCAAUCUUAUAACUUUGAUAUAUUCCAUAUUAAAAUGAAAAUAUCUUUUACAUUAUACCUUUCCCUACUUUUCUGAAUUGCCAAUCUUCGUUGAAGAAAAAGUGGUACUUAACAUUCAAAUAUAGGCUGCCCCAAAAGUUGUAUUAAAAUCAAAAGUAGGGGUUCAUGUUAUUAUUUAUCCCUUUAAAAACUUCAAUUCUGAAUAAAGAUAAUCAUUAUCUAACCCUCA